CCUCCUUCCCGUCAUCCCGCGCUCUUCCGCCUUUCGUUGCAUCAUGAAGUUGUUUACCCUCUUCUCGUAUUUACUCGCUUUGCGGGCUACCACGUUUGCGACUCCUAUCCCAGAUGUGUCGAAGUCGUUGCAGAACAUCUUAAAGAAUACGGACGGCUCCAAAUUGUACACAUACCCGACAGACCUUACCAGGGGUAUUAUUCCCAAACCCUUCCAUUCGCACAACGACUACUGGAGAGAUGUGCCCUUCUAUUCCGCGUUGUCGUAUGGUGGUAUUUCGACUGAGGGGGAUGUUUGGCUGAUCAACGGCACCCUGUUUGUCGGCCACGAAGAGAGCGCCCUAACUGACGCCCGCACCCUCGACUCCCUCUACAUCCAACCCAUCCUCGACACCCUGCACCGCCAAAACCCGGUGACAAAAUUCUCCCCCUCCCCAACCAAGAACGGCGUCUUCGACACCUCCAGCGGCCAAACCCUCUACCUCUUCAUCGACCUCAAAACCGCCGGCCCCUCGACCUGGCCCGCCGUCCUCUCCGCCCUCUCCCCGCUGCGCGACGCCGGCUACCUAACCACCUACGACGGCACCCCCACCACCACAGGCCCCGUCACCGUCAUCGGCACCGGCAACACGCCCCUCGACCUCAUCCAGGCCGCGCACCCGACCCCGCAAAACCCGCGCUUCGCCUUCUACGACGCCCCGCUGCCGCUCCUCGCCACCACGUUCAGCAACAUCACGGCCGCGGACAGCCCGAUCGCCAGCACAGACUUCGCCGCGCAGUUCGGCAGCGUCAAGGGCGGCACGCUGAACGACACGCAGCUCGCGCUGUUGCGGGCGCAGAUCAGCACCGCGCAUGCCAAGGGCAUCGCGGUGCGGUACUGGGACCAGCCGGGCUUCCCCGUGGGCGACCGGAACGCCGUGUGGCGGCUGUUGUGGGAGGAGGGGGCCGACUUGAUCAAUGUGGAUGAUGUGGCGGCGUUUGCGGAGUACUGGGAGACGUAUGCGUGAGGCGCAGGCCCGGGGUUGGAAUACGGCGGAGGCGGCACACGAUAUCUACAGCGGGGGAUGUCGCUGAAAAGUUCUGAUCUUUGGGCUGCUAUGUGUUGGACUGCUGCUGGGCUUGGCCUGGUCGGUUCCGGGUAGGGAUUAUGUAUAUGGUAGUUAAUUGAUGAUGGGGCGCUGCGUGAGCCCACCGCUUGCAAGCUGGCAUUGAAUCUAGGG